UUUCUAUUAAAUUUUCUUCGUCCAAUUAAAAUCUCGUUGACUUCGAAAAAAUAAUUAGUCCCGCGAGGUGUGGUUUCCGUCGAUUGAAGUAAACGGUGGGGGCCGCCAAUAAAACUUCAAUAGUACAUCAACGCACAUGAAUCUUGAGGCCGACUUUAUACAGUUCUGUUUCACUAGCGUUGGCUCAACCGCUCCAAACGCGCACUGUCCGCGACGGUUCGUCUCGACUCACUAGUCAACAUACUCUAGUUUUUAAAUUGAAGAUAAAAAAAAAGAAGAAACGCUGGUCAACUGUGAAAUCGUGAAACUUCCACUGAAUUUAAAAUCGUCAUAGUGCGGCUUUUGCGCGCGUAGAAGUGACAACUGUUUUGUUGAAUAGAGUUUACAGUGAGGAAACAGAAUAUAUUAAAAUUAUGGUGUUUGAUCCGAUGACUGAGGAAGAAAGAAAACAAUUCUUCAGGCAGAAUUAUGGGACUCACUUGCCCGGAUACACUGGACACUGUCCGACUCUGAAAUUUCGAGUUGGCAAGCGAUUUGGCGCGAAUACUCAGGAGAUUAUGGAGGAACUUUUGCAGAAACAAGUCUUGAAGACCGGGCCCUAUCGCCCAAAUUCGAGCAGAGACCCCGCGCUGCUGUUCGACAAGGAAAAACGCACGAGGAGAAAUUACCGGAACGACCGGUCUCUGUACAAACCGCCGCCGUUCAUCCUGGGGUACACGGGGUACAUCCCAGGGUUCAAUAAAAAGUACGGGCUCUCCUUCAUGCGCGCCGUCGAAGAGGGCGGCAAGGAGUGGCGCGAGACGCAGAAUAAACUCCGCACACGGGGAGACGUAAUGCGUGCUCAUGUGGAGCGAACUAACCCGAGGAAUUUAGCGUCUCGCGUUAGGAAUGACAACGUCAAUGUUGAAAUCAAUCAUGGCCAUCAACAGGAUCCAUCAUUUUUCGGGAACCAAGUGUCUCCAGAGAGUCCCCCGAUAGUCGGAUACACAGGGCACAUCCCGGGUGCUCGAAGCGAGGUGGCAUUAUCCCGAAGAUAUGCCCAAGCCGCCCGCAAGGGUCUCGAGCUCUUGCAACACGAACGAGAAAGCAGGUGCUGCAGAGUCAAAGACUCAGAAGCAGUCCAAAGGGUGUUGGACUCAGUGUACAUCGAUGACACAGGCCACACAAGGGCAUAAACAUCAUCACUGAAAUACAAAAACUUUAUUCCAAACUUAUGUAACAUAAUACUUCUGUUCACAACUCAUUCACAAGUUCAGUUGAUGAAUAAAUUACCCUGAAUGUUAUUUUCAAACGAAAAUAAUUCUUCAGAAACAGCAAGAUCUGCAGAAACAGUGAUGCUGGCUUCAUUUCUCACCCGUGAGAACUGAAGUUGAGCAAUUACACAACCGAAAAUACAGUACCUCUUUAAUUGAAUGCAUUUUAACGUAACUGAGUAGAAAAAGGACGUUUUUUUGUAUAAAAAAGUUUUAAUGAAGCUAAAGUUGAAAGAAUGGGGUUUUUUGGAGGUUUUUCAUUUUGCUCGUUUGCGCAAUCUCGCCAAACGUUCAAGUUCCUUCUUGAAAGUGUCCCUCCAGCGUUCGAGAGUUAAUGAACUUUCCCCGUGGGACAGGGCCAUCAACCUGGCGAGAACCA